UGAAUGCCCCCAAUAUGUGUUACGGGCCAAUUCGGGUCAGGCAGAGCCCACAACACCUGUAAUUUGAAAAAUUGCAUAGAUUCAUACAACAUCACCACGUCGAGCAGGCGCCUCCCAUCCGACGGCUGAAAUUAUCUGAAACACCUCCGCCUUCGAACAAUGAAAAUAUCUGACGGCUGAAAUUGCUCAUCUCUCCGCCCCAUCACACCUGUAACCCACAUCGAAAACCAGUUCUGGAUCCAACUGUCCGUCGGCUUCCUUCAUUCUCUUUUCUCCUCCUUCCACAGCUCAGCAGCAACUACGCGGCAUGAAUCAAACAACACUAUUUGUCUCCAAUUAACACCAACAACCUGAAUUCUUUAAUUUAUCCCCACGUUCUUCCAUCAAUUCAGCCAAAUAAUCUGCGCGGCACGGGUCUUUCAUCUCCUUCUUCUUCCUCCUCCCGUCGCUUUUCAUCCCCGCAGCCGGCUCUUCUCUGCGAUAUUUGGUUCUCUUCUCUUCUCUCCAAAGUUUUGCUUUUGUUUCAAUGUAAUGCUUCUAUUCUUCUUGAUCGAUUCAGUUCUAUCUGAAAAAUUCUUUUUUUUUUAAAUAAUUUUUAGGGUAGUUUGUUGAAUUUCUCUCGUCGUUGUAGUUCUUUCUUAAAAGUUCGGUUUUUUUCUUUCACUGUAACGCUUCUAGCCCUCUUGAUUCCUUCAAUUCCAUCGUCAAGACCUGUCUUUUAACCUGUAAUGCUCGUAUUCAUCUCGUUCUAUCCAGUUAAAAGAUACAGAUCCACUUUAAUCGAUCUACUUUUUCAAAAAUCCCAUUUAUUUCAAAUUGAGCAGAUCGGCGGACCAAAACCGUCGAUGAAGAAGACGCCGCGGCCGCUCCUUCCCCUGUUUCUCUCCCUCAUAUUCUCUUCCGCCGUCUCCAUCGCUGUUGCCGCCGAUUCCGGUAGCACUACAGCCAACACAACCUUCAUCCCCCGCGACUACAUCCUCCUCAACUGCGGCGAAUCCGGCCAGCACACAGACUCCGAUAACCGCACAUGGGACGGCGAUGCCGGCUCCAAGUUCUUUCCGCCGUCACCAAUCUCCACGACCUCCACUGCUUCAAACCAGGAUUCCUCUGUUCCUCAAUACCCUUACCUCAACGCCCGCCUCUUUACCUCCCCCUUCACCUACUCCUUCCCCCUCAGCCCCGGCCGUAAGUUCCUCCGCCUCUACUUCUACCCUUCCAACUACUCCAGCCACGACGUUUCUUCCGCCAUCUUCUCCGUCAACACAGGCCCCAUCACUCUCCUACACAACUUCUCCGCUUAUCAAACCGCCCAAGCUCUUAACUUUGCUUACCUGAUCCAUGAAUACUCCCUGAAUGUCUCAUCUCCCACCCUCAAUCUCACCUUUACCCCGUCAACCAACUAUUCCAAUUCCUUCGCCUUCAUCAACGGCAUCGAAAUCGUCUCCAUGCCAGACAUCUUCUCUUCAUCCACUCCCCUCCUGGUUACUGGAAGCGAAACUUUAACUCAGUACCAAAUCGAGGAUGAUUGGGCUAUGCAGACGGCUUAUCGUCUCAAUGUCGGUGGUCAGGCGAUAUCUCCGACGGCGGAUUCCGGCUUGUUUCGUUCUUGGGCAGAUGAUUCACCUUACAUCUACGGAGCUGGGUUUGGAGUAACUUACUCUGCUGAUCCAAACGUUUCAAUUGAAUACUCGACUAACGUCCCCGAGUACAUAGCUCCUGUCGAUGUGUACUCCACGGCGAGGUCGAUGGGACCUUCAGCUACUGUCAACCUGAACUACAAUUUGAGCUGGAUUUUGUCCGUCGACGCCGGUUUCUUCUACCUCGUUCGUCUUCACUUCUGCGAAAUUCAGUACCCAAUCACCAAAAUUAACCAGAGGGUUUUUGAUAUCUAUCUUAAUAACAAGACAGCGCAGGAAGGAGGUGAUGUUAUUGCUUGGAGUGGUGGGAUAGGCAAGCCAGUUCAUGAAGAUUACGUUGUGACAACUUCAGGUUCUGGAAUGGUGGAUUUGUGGCUCGCUCUUCACCCCAACACUGAAUCCAAAUCUCAGUAUUACGACGCAAUCUUGAACGGAAUUGAAGUUUUUAAACUUCAGGAUACAGACAACAAUCUUGCAGGGCCGAACCCCGACUUUCUUCCAAAACCAGAUGUUGAACUCGACAGAGUUUUGAUUAGAAACAAAGUCUCCAACACCAGUAAGACUCCUGGAAUUGUUGGCGGUGUGAUUGGUUCUAUAGCUUUCCUAGCAAUCUGUUACCUUGCACUUAUGAUUCUCCGUCGAGCGAAGAAGAGGAAGGGGAAGGAUUCCAGCUCCAGUGAUGGCUUUUCCGGCUGGCUUCCCAUUUCAUUAUACGGAAACUCUCAUUCAGCUGGUUCAGCAAAGACAAACACCACAGGAAGCUACACUGCUUCACUCCCAUCCAACCUCUGCCGCCAUUUCUCCAUCUCCGAGAUCAAAGCAGCCACAAACGGCUUCGACGAAGCACUCCUUCUCGGGGUAGGGGGCUUCGGAAAGGUUUACAGAGGAGAAAUUGACGAUGGAACCAAGGUGGCGAUAAAGCGGGGAAACCCCAUGUCAGAUCAAGGCGUCCAUGAAUUCCAGACUGAAAUUGAGAUGCUCUCAAAGCUCAGACAUCGCCAUUUAGUUUCUUUGAUCGGUUACUGCGAGGAGAACAGGGAGAUGAUCCUUGUGUAUGACUACAUGGCCCAUGGAACCUUCCGCGAGCACCUUUACAAGACCCAGAAGCCUCCAUUGCCAUGGAAGCAGAGGCUGGGCAUCUGCAUCGGCGCCGCCCGCGGCCUCCAUUACCUCCACACCGGCGCGAAGCACACCAUUAUUCACAGAGAUGUGAAGACCACCAACAUUCUUCUCGAUGAGAAAUGGGUAGCUAAAGUUUCAGACUUUGGUUUAUCAAAGACAGGUCCUACUCUUGACAACACUCAUGUCAGCACAGUGGUGAAGGGAAGCUUCGGCUAUCUUGAUCCAGAGUACUUCAGAAGGCAGCAACUUACAGACAAAUCUGAUGUUUAUUCAUUCGGUGUGGUGCUCUUCGAGGCUCUCUGCGCGCGUCCUGUGCUGAACCCUAGUCUGCCGAAGGAGCAAGUAAGCCUCGCCGAAUGGGCGCGCCAUUGCCAGAAGAAGGGCAUUCUCGAUCAAAUCAUGGAUCCGUAUCUGAAGGGAAAGAUUGCUCCCGAAUGCUUCAAGAAGGUUGCCGAGACGGCGGAGAAAUGUGUGUCGGAUAACAGCAUCGAUCGGCCGGCCAUGGGGGAUGUUCUGUGGAACCUCGAGUUCGCGCUGCAGAUGCAGGAGAGCGCUGAGGAGAGCAAUGGCGAGUUGAUGAGCGGCGUGAUGUCGGAUGGGGAAGGAACGCCGCUCAUGUUGGCGGGGAAGAAGGUUGCCGAUGAUCCGGGAAUGGAUGCAUCUACGACGACGAUGACGACGACGACGACAUCCAGUGCGAUAAGCAUCGGCGGCCGAAGUGUGAACAGCGAGGAUUCCGAUGGGCUCACGCCUAGCGUAGUUUUCUCGCAGAUCAUGAACCCUAAGGGAAGGUGAGAAAAAUCGGUUUUUUAUUGUUUGUUUGUUUAAUUUUGAAAUUUGAGAAAACUAAAGUCUGGAUUACCUUGUUUCGACCAUUUUGAUUCUGAAAAGUCUGUUAGUGAUGAGUUGUUUUAUAAGCUAUUUGUUGUUUUGAAUAUAUAUAAAGUUGCUUGAAGAAAAAACUAGGCUUGUAUAUGAAGAAAAUAUUGCAUAUUUAUUAUGUAUACUUACAAGUAUGGAUGGAGUCAUCAAGUUAAAAUUGUGGUGACAUAGUCACUGCAUAAGAAUUAUGUGGUAUUUAUGUAAAUGUCGCAAGAUGUUUUGGUUGUGAUGUGGGUUUAUAUUAAUGAAGAUUUGU